AUGGCCCCUCCUUCUCUGUUGAUGCUACUGAUGGUGGUUGCCGUGGCAACUGUAGCCCGUUCAGCCAGCGAGGAGAAUGAACUGGAUUAUGGGUACUGGAACUACAGAGAGGGAGCGGACAGUGUGAAUGUGGCCGCAGUGCGCAGUGUGACCAGAGUUUUAGAUGCCUGGGGAAAACGCAUCUUCCGUGAGAUCAAGACUUUGCUGCACUCGGAGCCCAGCGCACUGCUGCCUGACUACUCCCGGGUGCGCCCUCUGUCCGAGUCCGUCAACGACCUGUUCAGAGAAGUCUCCCUGCUGCGCAAGCGCAUCACCGAGCUCUCCCAUCGCCUAGCAACCCUGGAACCGUUCCUCCGUCACCACGGCUACCGGGAGAUGGGGGAGGAGGAGGCGGUAGGCGGCCGGGCUCUGGCACCUCAGAGCCUG